AUUAUUGAGUGUGUUUCUGUUGAAUAUGUAUUUUAUCCAUUAUUUAGUUUCCCCUCCCUUCUCCGCCAUGAUGUUUUCCAAGUGAGCCCUGUGAGUGAGCCUCUGAGCUAGCUAGGUUAGCUCAAUAGUUACAUUAGCCGUCAGGCUGCAGACUGUUGUGGAAAAGGAGAUGCAAUGGAUAGAUGCUAUACCUGCUGCGGUCUACCAACUAUGAGGCUUAGUGUAAAUAAACGUUGUCCAUUUGGACACGGUUUUGUAAUGCGCCGCAUCAGUGCUAAAAUCGGAACGCACCGUGAGUGAUUGCGUUCGGUUAUUUUGAAGAUUAACGCUAGCCGGAGCUCUCUAAAUUGCUACGUUUUAGAGCUAGCACGUCCUCGCUGUCUAUAAUUUGCUCCUGGAGUCUCCAGCCUCAGGAAUGUUUUCCAAAAAGCCUCACGGGGACGUCAGAAAAUCAACACAGAAAGUGUUGGAUCCAAAGAAGGACGUCUUUACGAGGCUCAAACAUCUCAGAAUAGUCAUAGAAAAUGCAGAACCACCAGAGCUGAAGCAGUUCUUCGACCUGAACUACUCCCACAUCUACUAUGUUUUCUUUGAGAACUUUGUCACCAUUGAGGUUAGCCUCAAGCAAAAAGGUCACAAGUCUCAGAGGGAGGAGUUGGACUCAAUCCUCUUUAUUUUCGAGAAAAUCCUCCAGCUCCUCCCAGAGAGAAUCCAGAGCCGAUGGCAGUUCCACAGCAUUGGACUGAUAUUGAAGAAACUGUUGCACACCGGUAACUCUUUAAAGAUCCGUCGAGAAGGUGUGCGCCUGUUCCUGCUGUGGAUGCAGGCAUUACAGAAUAAUGCUCAACGCGAGCAACUCUGCAUGUUUGCCUGUGUAAUUCCUGGUUUCCCGGCUCCGCUCUGCCAUGGGACUCCACGCACUUUGGACACUCUGAUCAACCCACCCCUCAGCUUAACUGAGACUCAAGUCACGCCAGAGGAGAUUACCCCACUGGUACAUCCCCAGUCCGGUGACAAGAACCAGGAGGACCUUACCGCUUAUUUUUUGGAAGCACUACUGAAAUACAUGGUAAACCAGGCCAAGUCUCUCGAGUGGCGUUGUAAAGAAAAUCACGAACGCGGGUUUAGCUUCCUCUUUGGUCACUUCAGGAAAUUUUACCUUCCUCACAUCUUUCCCAACUUUGCUUCGGAAACUAGUCUCUACAACCCCAUACUAGAGGUUCCUCCAAUGCGUCCAAAGCCCUAUUACAGUAUGGUGCGCAGGGAACAGGAUGGUGCGGAAAUUCUCUAUUGCACCAAGGAAAGUUUCCUUCAGGCCCGAGUCAUCUUCAUCCGCUGGCUGGUUUCUUUUUGGCUGGAGCCACGACCCAACACAAACACACAGAUCCCUGGGACAGAAGGUGAAAACAUCCCCAAGAACAUACAGCGAGCAGCAGCCGGGCUUGCUGCUCGGUCUGCUGGCAGCUCAGAUGACGGCAGCAUCACUGGAUUGCGCCCUGACAACCAUCUUGAAGGGAGCGGAAGCUUAUCUGGUCAGGGGGGAGGCAGCAUGGGCCUUGGUGGGGCUACUGGUCCAAUGGGGGAAUCGGAACAAUGCCACUCCAACACAUCCACAUUAACAGAGAGGGAGCCCAGUUCUUCCUCACUCUGCUCUAUGGAUGAAGAGCAGCUGACUGAUAUGGAGGUCGUGAGGAGAGUCCUGACCAGCUCCAGAACCAGCAUCAACUUCAUCAGUGAGAUCUUCAGACAGGCAUUUCUCCUUCCGAUGUGUGAAGCUGCAGCAAUGCGGAAAGUGGUCCGUGUUUACCAGGAGUGGAUCUCCAUGGAGGACAAGCCAGUAUUCAUGAAGGAGCCAGAGGAGGGACCGUAUCCCAUAGCAACAGCCGGUAGUAUGGACACUGGCUCAGAGAAGGAUGAUGAGGGACUAAAUAAAAUGAUUGAUAGCGAAUUGUUGGAGUAUAGCGUUCACGCAGGAGUUCAGACUACACUACAGGUAUUUAUUACCCAUUCAUCCAACGUUUUUUUAUUGGAGCCAGCCAACGAUAUCAAGUUCCUUUUAGAGGAGCACGUCGACAUGUGCAAGCGAGUCUUAAACAUCUACCGCAGCCUUGUUAUGCAUGAGACCAUGGACCAGAAAACAUGGGAGCAGAUCUUACUUGUUCUACUGAGAGUGACAGAGUCAGUGAUGAAGAGACCUCCAUCUAUUAUGCCCCAGGGCAAGAAGAAUAACACACUGUCGGGAAGGCUGGCUGGUCCUAUCUUUCAGACAUUGAUCGUAGCCUGGAUUAAGGGGAAUUUAAACGUCUACAUCAGCAGAGAACUGUGGGAUGACCUCCUCUCAGUCCUCGCUUCUCUUACAUGCUGGGAGGAGCUGGUAACUGAAUGGUCCCUCACGAUGGAGACUCUUACAAAGGUGUUGGCCAGGAACCUGUACAGUGUUGAUUUGAAUGAACUACCCCUGGACAAGCUCAGUGAGCAAAAACAGAAGAAACACAAAGGCAAAGGUAUCGGUUCAGAAGGUCAGCGGCAGAUAGUGGAUCGUUCCUUCUCUAAAGGGUGGAGCAGAGACCAACCAGGUCAGGCAGCUGCCAUGAGACAACGUAGUGCCACCACAGCUGGUUCGCCAGGCAUCGAAAAGGCCCGGAGCAUUGUCCGCCAAAAGACUGUAGCCCUGCGAAGCUGUUCUACAGGGGACUCUCUGCUCUCCUCAGCCUUUAUCCGCAGUGCCAAGAGUGCUCCUGCUCUGGCUCCGCCUCUUCCUGUCCUUCUCCACCACCACCACCCUUUACUACCCCCCCUUGCCGACCAGCUGGCAGACCUUGAGGACUCGCCAAUCACGCUGACAUCCCGCCCAUCUCGGAUGCGCCACUCUUCCCAGAGCGAUGAGACCCCUCCGACCUCCUGUUCGGAGGUGUUCCAGGGAGGGCCUUGUGAUCCGGAUAACCCGGCCCCUUCAUCGCUUGCAAGGAGCAGCAGUGCCUCUGACAUCAUGGAGCCUUUUAUCGCCGAACGGGUCAAAGGUGAAGACCCACAAGGGGAUCCCAGUACCAUCCCAAACCCCCAUCACCUCACUGAUACUAGCUUACUUGCAAGCAAUAGCGAUGCGGCUCAACCACUCCCAUGUCCUUUCCGCUCGUCCUGUCCUACCCCCCUUACAUUCCCCAAUGGUGUUGUUUCCUCAACCUCAGAGGGACUAAAUGAUGUGAGUGAGUGCGAUCAUAUUGGCUGUCAAAGCCGAGGUUCAAGUUCAGAUUGGGUAAGCGACUGGGAUUCUGCCUUUACAUUUUCUGCCGAUAAGGAGAUUGAUGUCGAGGAGAAUGAAGUAGGCGCUGUACCAAAUGAGGAUGAUUUAUUCUCCUCAAUUAGGGACUAUCUCACUAACAAAGCCGCUGAGCGAAAUGAAGCGGCAAGAUUGGCAGCGAGUCUUGCCUUUGAAAACGACAUUCGAACUUCUGUACCAGUGAAAACUGUUAUGACAACAGGGGAAACAGAUUUUAUACGAGAGACACAAAAGGUGGUUGACAGGCAGAUUUCUAAGGAAGAUAGGCAGGUAAGUAAUUCAAUUCGAGACAAUAAUGUUGACGCAGCAGAGGAGAUUGAGGCAGAACAGCGGAGCAUUUACGAGUGCCUUGAAAUGCAGUGUCAGUGGCCCUCGCUUGGUGCGAAAGGGAGCAGUGAUGAGAAAGGCAAAAGGGAAGUAGGUGGAGGAAACGCAACAGGAGGAGGAGAAUGGGAAGGAAAAGGUGAUUAUUGGAGGGAAAUAGGAGGAGACAAAAAUGCUGAAAAAGACGCAGCCACAAUCAAAAGGCACUACUUAACGAGACCAGACCCUUACACAGUCGAAUCUACCUGCGAAGCAAUUGAAACUCCCCAAGCGUCUGACUCAGCCAAGCCCAAGAUGUCCCGUAACACAAAAAAGCAUCAUUCUGGUGCUGUCCAUGUGAGCUUCAGACCUUCCACUGAGUCAGUCCAGUUCCACAACCCCCUUGAGAAUAAAGAGGCCCACUGGAAAGCCAGGCUGCGUCGGCUUAGUCACUUUCACACUCACAGCCACACUGCUGGUGAGAGGCCAGGAGCUGGGACAGGAGCAGGGGGGAAGCAGGGAGCAGGCAGUGCAGGUAAGUUUGCCUCUGUGGCUGCUGUUGGUCACAAAGUAGGGGGCCAUGAGAGACUGCCAGCAGAUGUCACUAGGGCCCACGGUACAUCGGGUGUUGAUCAGGAAAACAGGACUGGCACUGGAGCAGGGGACAAGGACAAACCUCAGCAUCCAGGAUCAUGCGCGGGAUCCAAUUCGGUGCACGAGACCCACUUCGAGGCCAUAACAAGCAGUUCCGGUGCGUCAUCAGGCGUGCGAGGCCGAUUGGGACGGUCGGCCUUGCGUUCUCGGGCUUCCCGCUCUCGCUCCCAGGAACCCGGCAGCUCUGUCUCCAAACACCACCAAGGGGCUCUUCUUGGCGGGGUGUAUAAGACUGUGGUUCAUGCUUUGUCCGCCAAGCCCCGCCCGCGAGGUCAGGGGUCAUCCCAAGGUUCGUCGCCACAGCGGCAAGGGCGGGCUGCAAUGGGUGAUGCUUCACUAAGAGACCUCUACUCCCAUGUCCUGGGCUACUUUGGACGAAAGUCUACCACGGCAGCCAACAAAGAGGAGGUGCUGCAGAAGGCACGUCCAGUCUCCACCGAUGUUGGAAACAGCAAUCCUAAUUUCUCUGAUCUCAUGGAUGAGUUCAUCCAGGAAAGACUCAGAGCUAAAGGAACAGUGGAGCGCCGUGGCAGCAGCCCAGGUAGUCUCGAAGUUCCACAGGACCUGCCGGAGCUACUAGAGGCCGGUCAAAGUCCUGGAUCUCGACCCCCAGAUGACCUCAGACCAAUUGAUGAUCCAGGGGUUCCUUCAGAGUGGACAUCUCCUGCCAGUGCCAGUGGCUCAGAUGUUGUCAGUUCUGACAGCCAAUCUGACUCAUUUAAUGCUUUUCAAUACCCUGCGUGCAAGUUUGAUAACUUUGCAUUUAACUCUGAACCCUGCGGCGGUGGAGAUCGAGGAAGCUCAAUGGACCAGGACAGUCUGGGAGGUGGUGUUGCAUGUGAUGAACAUGAAGUUGCAAGUUUGACUACACUUCAUAUUGACUCUGAGACCAGUAGCCUUAGCCACACAGUCACUGUCACUGGUUCCGAGAGUGCAUCUCCCAUGCAUUCUCUCGGGGGCUCUCGGUCCCAGACGCCUUCCCCAGCUACACUGACAGCAGAGCACAUUGCUCGCACACCCUCUCACUCACACACCCACUUGCAGCUGGAUCAAAAACUCCACAACUCAGUGCUGCAGACUCCUGAUGAUUUUGAAACCACUGAGUUCCCCGGUGAGGACUGUAGUGUCAUGGCAGGUGGCUCCCUGACUGGAUGGCAUGCAGAUGUUGCCACAGUCAUGUGGCGGAGAAUGCUGGGUAUCUUGGGAGAUGUGAAUAGCAUCAAAGACCCAGAGAUCCACGCUCAGGUGUUUGACUACCUGUGUGAACUGUGGCAAAACCUUGUGAAGAUCAGAGAUAAUUUGGGCAUUUCUCAUGAUAACCAGUCAUCUCCACCACCUCCUGUUCUGAUCCCGCCUCUUAGAAUCCUCACUCCGUGGCUCUUUAAGGCCACCAUGCUGACUGAGCGUUACAAACAGGGAAAGCUUCAUGCCUAUAAGCUGAUCUGCAGAAUUAUGAAGAGACGGCAAGAUGUGUCCCCAAACACUGACUUUUUGACUCACUUCUACAAUAUCAUGCACCAAGGACUGCUGCACCAAGACCAGGACAUUGUGAACACCAUCAUCAAGCACUGCAGUCCACGGUUCUUCAGUAUCGGUCUACCUGGAGCCACCAUGUUGAUUCUCGACUUCAUCAUUGCAGCUUCUCGAGUCACCUCUUGCUCAUCGUUAAAUGCUCCAAGAGUCGAAGCGCAGAUCCUUCUUGGAUCCCUUGUGUGUUUGCCAAACUUUUACGGGGAGCUCCCCGCCCUUCACCCCACCACAGCUGAUGUGGCACUGAGAAAGUUCCCUGAUGUCAAGGAGCACAUUAUCAAAACAAUACUGACCUCUGCCAGGGACGAACCCUCUGCUCCUGCUAGGUGUGUAGCUUUGUGCUGUCUGGGUAUCUGGUUAUCCGAAGAGCUGGCUCAUGGGACUCAACAUCCACAAAUUAAUGAUGCUCUGAAUGUCAUCUGUGUUACUCUAAAGUACCCCAAUAAGAAUGUUGCUCUGGUGGCAUCGGACAUUCUUCACCUUUUGAUCAGUUAUGUGGAUCAUCUUCAUAAAUUUCCCAUUGACACUCCAAAGAAGAUAGUAGAGAUUUUGAUUGCCACCAUAACACACUUGCUGCCGACUACCGAGUCCUCGCCUCAUGAGCUGGAUAAGAGGCUAGUUGUGUCCCUCCUGUUGUGUCUGUUGGACUGGGUGAUGGCUCUCCCUCCCAAGACUCUGCUUCAACCUGUUCAAACUCGCAGCCCUCCAGAUAAGGACCAGCCGCCAAAGACUCUGCUCAGCUGCAUUUAUAAGGUUUUGCAUGGCUGUGUGUAUGGAGCCCAGUCUUUCAGCAGCCUCAAGUAUUACCCACUGCAGCUGUCAGAUCUGUCGAGUACAGACUACGAUCCAUUUUUGCCAUUAGAGAGCCUUAGAGAACCUGAACCGCUGCAUAGUCCAGAGUCUGAGCGCUCCAACAAACUCCAGCCAGUCACUGAAGUCCGUAGUCGUAUUCAACAGGGUCUGGUUUCCAUUGCAGCCAGGACGGUUAUCACCCACCUUGUCAACCAUCUGGGGCACUACCCAAUGUCUGGAGGGCCCGCUACUCUCUCCAGCCAGGUGUGUGAGAACCAGGACAACCCAUACUGUGAGAGUGCAGAUCUUGGACCUGAACUCUUCCACUCACCAAAUCUACAGUUCUUGUCGUUAAAUGGCUCUACACUGCUCUCCGUGCUCCAGAUUCGGUCAGAGUCUGGUGUACCAGGAGGUGGAAUGACAGCUGGUUUGUCCUCUGCUCCUGCUUGUGUGCGUGUUAUUAUUCGGGAUGUCGCCGGAAAGCACUCCUGGGACUCUGCUGUCCUCUACGGGCCUCCACCAUGCUCCCCAAGCAGUCCUGCACACACAUUACUGACACACACACAGUCCCCUCAUAGUGUGAAUCUCCAUCUACACAGCCCAACCAAAAAGAUCACAGAGGAGCGCAAAGAAGGCAGUCAAGUAAACCAGAAUGAAGAGUCAGAGGAGGGAGGAAGUGCGAUAGAUGGUCAAAGUCCCGAGCUAGAGGGAGAGAUGGAUGAAGACAGAGAGGGGAGCAAUGUUGCUGAAGAAGAAAUUGUGCGACUACAACAAGUUGGGGGAGAGGAAAUGGAAAAGCAGAUGGAAGGGAAUAAGGAACACGACAUAGGUGGCAAGGCGCACAAGGUGGAAGUGGGCUUUGAGCAGCUUCUCGCUCCACCACUGGCCAAACGGGUAUGUCGGGAGGUGGUUCCAGCAUGGGAUACGCUGAGGGAUGGUGAUGAUUCUCUGGAUGAAAUGCUGCAGUACCUUGGAUACUCAAGUCCUGAGUGUCUACAGAGAGCAGGAAUACCACUCAAUAUCCCAGUCCCACCACCAGCUUGCGUUUCAGAGAAGCAGGAGAAUGAUGUGAUCAAUGCCAUCUUGAAGCAAAGUGCUGCUGAGCGAGAGUUUGUCCUUCAUAGAGGUGAGGAGUUGAACAUGAGAGCAGUGGAACAGAGUGAACCAGAGACUCAGACACCUCAGUCAGCUUUCUACUACUGCAGGCUAUUAAUCAACAUACUUGGACUCAAUUCCUGGGAGAAAAGGAGUAACUUUCAUUUGUUGCGGAAGAAUGAGAAACUAUUGAGAGAGCUGAAAAACCUUGACUCACGGCAGUGUCGGGAGACACAUAAAAUAGCAGUUUUUUAUGUCGCCGAAGGACAAGAAGACAAGCACUCCAUACUCACCAACACCACGGGAAGCCAGGCAUAUGAAGACUUUGUUUCUGGACUGGGUUGGGAGGUGGACCUCACCACUCACUGUGGUUUCAUGGGAGGACUCCAGAGGAACCGCAGUACAGGCCAGACAACACCUUAUUAUGCCACCUCUACAACAGAGGUCAUCUAUCAUGUCUCAACCCGAAUGCCCCAUGACCAGGAUCACAAUCUUACAAAGAAGCUAAGACACCUGGGAAAUGACGAGGUCCACAUCAUUUGGUCGGAACAUUCCAGAGACUAUCGGCGAGGAAUCAUCCCGACAGAAUUUGGUGACGUGCUCAUCGUCAUCUACCCCAUGAAAAACCACAUGUAUUCCAUCCAUAUCCUCAAAAAACCUGAGGUCCCGUUUUUUGGUCCCCUCUUCGACGGCGCCAUUGUGGACAUGAAGAUUUUGCCAACAAUGGUGAGAGCCACAGCUAUCAACGCGAGUCGAGCGCUGAAAUCACUCAUUCCUCUGUACCAGAACUUCUAUGAGGAGCGAGCCCGAUACUUGGAAACCAUUGUGCAGCACCAUCAGGAACCAACCACUUUUGAGGAUUAUGCUGCCCGCGUCUACAGUCCAGCUCCCUGCACUCAUCUGCCUGCAGACACAGGCUCCUGCCUCGAGAUUCUUCGGUCAGAAAGUCCGGCACUUGGGGAGGCCGGGAGCGACUCAGCCUCCCCCAUGUCUCCUCGAACUAGCAAGACGCGCAUGUCCAUGAAGCUUCGACGCUCAUCUGGAUCAGCCAAUAAGACUUGAUGUGACGCGUGCAUUAUCGCAUCCCCUUUGGCUCUCUAGCUGCACCCUAUUCAAACUGGACUUUAAAUGAAACAAAAUACCAAAAAAAAAACACACAAAAAAACUAAUGCAAUAGCUACUUGUCAGAAUUUGGAUGUCACAUUCAUAUGCUCCGAAAACACCUGUUAUGGGCUGUCUGUACUACAGUAUUUUGUGGAAUAUUCUAGAGUGUACAUUUAUUUUAGAAGUGUGUGUGUGUGUGUGUGUUGAGAGAGAGUGUCUGUGUGUGUGUGUGUGUGUGUGUGUGUGUGUGUGUGUGUGUGUGUGUGUGUGUGUGUGUGUGCGCGCGCGCGCGUGCACUCGCAGACACACGUGCUGUGAUAGUGUUACUCAAACUCCUGUAUUCUUCAUGAGAUCUUCAGUAUUUAAUGAUAUCAUGGAAAAAAAAACACUGUAUAACUGUAUUAUUUCCGUGGAAAGUUGCAUGAAGCUAUAAUAUGCUGUAAGUCUAUUUUUGUUUUCAUCGCAGCGUUGCAUCUAUGAAGUUCACGACAGAGGUUUCCAAGUUGGCCUCACAAGAUGUAAAUAGCAACUGAAAAUGGUUUGCCAACAAUAGAAAACACUCGAUCCAAAAAAAAAAAAAAAAAAACAAAAAAGCAAAUACAUUCUAUAUAUUUACAGGUCAAGUUGAACAAAUGAAUUGUAGAUUUUUGCUGUAAAAUGUGGACAAGCACUGAUGUUUGUUAACUUUUAUUCAGUAAAGUUAUCGGUUAUUUUAUGUUCCUUUGUCCUGGCAAGGCUGUAGUUGCCUUUGUCAUUCAACGCAACAGAACCACUGCUUUAUUUUUCUUCGCACCUCUGAGUAUAAAUGUGUAUACUGUAUUCGAUGGAUUCAUACCGACAAAGUGAUAUGCUGUUACGUGACAAUAGCUGCAAAAACCAAACGUGGGUUCAUACUACCAAGAUUUUACGCGUCAAACACUUUCUCGUAUAUGAACAGAAAGCACUUCGGUCUGGAGUAGGCAUUAAAAAUGACAAAAGAAGUCAAAAAUACUGCACUACAAUUAUGAAAUCUUAUUUUCAACGUAUAGUCUGGAAUCAAGAGCUCAAGUACCGUUGUUGUGGAUCACUGGCUAAUUUUGCUAAACACAAAGAGAAGUAGAAGUGCCUUAAAAUAAAUUGAAAAUAUCGGAGGUGUCAAUCCUACUCUGUAUCUUUCCAAGAAAUAGUCGUGGCCGUGGUUCCCAAAAGGUGAUCUCGAUGAAAUGUCUUUCACUGGCAUUAUGAAGAACUUUUGCUGGUCUUGACUUUUUUUUUCGAUGCCGUUAAAGAACUGUUUCACGGCAAUGGGCUGUAUCUGCUGUUACAAUGAUGUUUGUCUUUUUUUUUUCGUCUUCCAUAGAUUCUAAAUUCUGAAGAAAAUUUGUAUACAACUUGAUGCAUGUCAAAAUAUGCCACGCUUAAAAAAAAAAGUCAAUUUCAUGUUGUUAGAACUUCCUCUUUGAAUGCAUUUCAUUGUCAGGUUUUAUUUUUUCUUGUUUUGCCAGUUUUGUACAAAGGAUCAUCCAUGAUGGCACAUUUUGGGUCAUUCGAAACGUAUUUGACAUAUAUCCGCAACGUUGCCCUGAUUAUGUUACAAAAAUAGUUCAGUUUCAAUGAUCAACUAUGUGUGCGGUGUGCUACCUUGGAAACAGCAUGUCCAGUUUAUCGUCUGACUCAUUUUCCCAUGUACCUGUGAGGCGGACCUUGACCAAAUGGUCGAAGUUGAGAAGGGUGCUGCUUUGUUUUCCCCACAUAUGUCCAUUUCAGACACUGCCCACAGGCACUUAUACAAAGACUACUGCAUGAUGCCAGCCAGCCCAGUACCAUAAGUGCACGUCUUGAUCAUGUAAAGAGCUCUUCACAAAAUCUUACAGUCAAUGCUUGUGUAACAUCGACAGUAAACACACACGCAGUAGCAGCAUGGAUGUGUCGGAAAUAAACUUUUCAUAAUA